CUGUGCAUCUUCACGGCAAUGAAAGACAAAGGAAAUCCUUAUGACAUGGUCUCCUUUAUUUAUUUCUCACUUGCUGCUGCUCCUAUUUAAAAGCACGCAUACAUAUUACUACAUUUUCAGUGUCUUUAAGCGGUUCUUUCGUCCUUUUACUCCACGGAUUUUCUGGUGGACUUUGGAGUUCUCUCAAUCUAUAGGUGAAGAAAGCCCGUUAUACUAGUCUACUUUUUGGAGUGGGCUAAGUAGCUUAAAAAGGGGGAGUUUUUAGUACGUAGUCCUUAAGCCAUUGGAGCACUUUUUUCUGAGUUCAUUCUCAUUUGGUAUUUUCUGGUGUGUUGGAAUCACUUAGUAGUAGUUGGACAUUAUGAAGGUUUCUGGGUUAUGCGUCUUGUUCUUGGCACUGGGGACAGAUUUCUUGCUUCUCAACUUCUCGAGUGGUAUAAGUACUGGUUCCUUUAUUAUUCCCGAAAUGGUCUUCGCCCAACAUGCUGGCGGCGAUGCUAUGCCAUUGACCACAGCGAGUAGGAGGCUGAAGGAAAAUGGCCAUAAUUCGCGCUCUGAGAAGAAGCACCGCCAAAUAGGUGAUGUAAAUCUGGAUGAUUACCAUCCCAUGAUCCAGUACCAAAUUCAAAGGCUUCCUUCAAACCUGGACCUAUCGAACACGGGACUCCUCUCAUGCCAUUUAUUCCAAGACCUUCGCGGCCUCCUACCCCUCCUGAAACUGGAGGAUUUGCAUAGCCUACUCACGAUCUAGAUCUGUUCUUCAACAGUGGAUAUGCAUGUAGUGAGAAGUAUGAAAAAAAAUGAAGAACCUUGCGCGCAACUUAAUCAUAUACUCUCGUUGUUUCUCUGUAUUUAUCAAUCAUGUAGUUGUCUUCUUUCAUCCUCUCAAAAUAUGAUUGUCACCUUGAUCUUUUCACUUUAAUUAUUCUAUUUAGAGCAAUCACUUUAGAGAUGAUAAAGUAUUGAAGUUGGUUUAAUGUGAUGUUAUUUUCUAGAAAACUCUUCAUAUUAUGUUUAAGUUUACUAAGUUUAGUCUUUACUAUUAUUAGCUAUUCUUGGAAGUUGUCUUUCUGAUUUAAAGAAGUUGUGAGUCUCAAUGUAAACAUAUAUAUCAGAUUAAUGAGAAAUGAAGGGGUAGAACAUUUAGAAUCAAUCUUCACGUUGUAG